GAUGCACAGGAAGGCAUAAAACCAGUUAUUGAAGAAAUGAUAAAGGCAGGUAUAAUAGUUGAAGCCCCCGAGGCCCACUGUAACACGCCGAUUUUUCCUGUCAGGAAAGCAGACUCCCAGAGCUGGAGGAUGAUUCAAGAUUUAAGAACUGUAAAUCAAGCUGUAGAGAGCAGGGCCCCCUGUGUGCCAGAUCCACACACAUUGUUGAAUCAGUUAAAACCUGAAAUGAAAUGGUUUACGGUAGUGGAUUUAAGCAAUGCAUUUUUCUCCAUACCAGUACAUAAAGACUCACAGGGGUGGUUUGGGUUUACUUACAAAUGUAAAAAAUACACUUACACCCGCCUUCCUCAGGGAUUUGUUGAUAGCCCGACAAUCUUUUCAUCAGAACUAAUGAGCUGUCUGUCACCCCUCACAGUUCCAACCCACAGUCAGGUUUUAGUUUAUGUCGAUGACAUAUUGAUUGCCUCAGACACACAAGAGCACAACAAAGAAGCUGCUGUAAAAGUGUUUCAGCAUUUAGCAGCGACAGGGAACAAAGCUUCUUUAGCCAAACUGCAAUGGGCAAAACAGGAAGUGAUGAGAGCUGUAUGUGCAGCAGCCCUGGCCGUCCAGGCAUCAGCUGAAGUAGUGUUGUUUCAUAAACUCACACUAUUGGUCCCACACUCAGUCGACGCACUAUUAACUGAAACAAAAAUGUCAUUUUUAUCACCAGCAAGACAUUUAGCUGUCAUGUCCAUUUUAAUGUCACAGCCACAUCUCACCAUCAAAAGAUGUACGACAUUAAACCCAUCUUCUCUGUUGCCAACCUGUAAUGACGGCACACCACACUGUUGUUUGACCAGCACAGAACAGAAUUGCAAGCCUAGGCCCGACUUGAGAGAUGUUCCAUUAACUGAGGGAGAGACACUGUUUGUAGAUGGCUCAUGCUCUAAAAAUAGUCAAGGUGAAAAUCAAUGUGGUUAUGCUGUUGUGUCAGAAAAAGAGAUAGUGACUGCAGGGAAACUGCCCUCUCAUUACUCAGCCCAGGCAGCCGAAGUUAUAGCGUUAACAAAAGCGUGCCAAGUAUCGCGAGAAAAAGACGUCACAAUCUACACAGAUAGCCAAUAUGCAUUUUCUACUUUACACCAUUUUGCGGCACAAUGGGAGCGAAGGGGCAUGAAAACUGCUAAUGGUCAAAGCGUGAAACACGCCGCCCUCCUUACAGACUUAUUAAAAGCCAUUCAACUCCCUCGUAAAAUUGCAGUGUGUAAAUGCGCCGCACACACAAAGGGUACUGACCUAGUUUCACUUGGCAAUGCAAAGGCAGAUGAAGCAGCUAAGCAAGCUGCACAAGGGAAGCUAGAGAUAUGUGAAAUACAUAAAGUAACAUCAGUAGAAACUCCAUUAGACAUGUCAGUAAUAUCAGACAUGCAAAAACAAGCACCAGCGUCUGAGAAACAAAUGUGGUUAACAAAAGGAGCACAAUUGUCAGAUGACACAUACAGACGUGAAGGCAAACUGUGCCUUCCACGAAGUUUGUACAAAACAGCAGCAAUCUUGACACAUGGGCAAGCACAUAUGUCAACAGGAGGGAUGGUGCAUAGGGUAGAACAGUACUUUUAUGCACCAGGCUUUAAUAACUACUCAAAAAAUUUUUGUAAAUCUUGUUUGAUCUGCUGUAAGCAUAACUCACAGGGAAACUGCAGGCCUAAGAGAGGUCAAUUUCCAAAGCCAGACUACCCUUUUCAGUUUAUCCACAUGGAUUUUAUUGAACUGACACCUUGCCAACAGUACAAAUACUGUAUGGUAGACCGUUCAGUUUACCGCUGUGUGAUGAUGUGUGUGAGAAACCACAAGAGCAGCAUACACUAGCAGAAUGGAUGAACAAAAUGUUGAAAUUUAAAGAUGUUGUGAGUGCAAAUGACCUGCCAGCCGUUCCUCUGUCUACACAGGAAA